CAGGAAUCUUACGAAUUUGCAGGUGUUUUGUUAUCGUCAUUUAGCAUAUGUUUGAAUUCCCUGGUAGCAAAGAUUUUUCUCUGAAAUUGCUUGCCGGUGAGUUUUCAAUGCAUUAGGGCUGAUUUCUUUUUAGGUUAAUCAUGGCCAACUUUGUAUUGCCUUUCUUAAUGCCCAUGCUCUUGGGCAGAACAAUUGACUUGAGAACGUAUACCGUUGGAGGCAAUAUUUAUGAUGAUGCUGAUUACGUGGAAACUUCAGCAAAAAGCACAAACGCUACUUAUCAUGUCCUGCAAGACGAUGUAUUCCCCUAUUCCUACUUUGGGCUGCCUGCGGACGUCGUAAUUCGCAUCAAGUCUAACAUUCUAAGCUCCGGCUCUGGAGCUCUUGGUCUGGACGGGUUGUUGAAAGAUACAUCAUGGAAGUACAACAGUGUGAUUGUAUCUGUGACGGCUAUGCACAGUACGGUUCAAAGAAAGCUGAAACCUGAUGCUCAAUUGUUGACUGACUGGGAGAAAAAGGUUCCAAGUAGUCAAACCCAUUAUGCAAGCACUCUGUUCUACGGAGGGUGGAUGGUGGUUCUAUUUCGCUUGCAAUGUGAUAUUCCAAGCGAUGUUCAAGCCGUUAGAAAAAGUCUCACCGACACGAUAGGUGCAGUUGGUAACCUUGACGAUACUAGCGUAGGCUUAUGGGAAAAAGCACUCAAAGCUCUAGAAGAAAAUGAAGAUAUUCGUGGCAAUGUGCGGCCUAGCACACAUGUGUACUCGACAACAUCGCUUCAGGAAGAAGUCACUUCGCCAGAGUCGCUUUUGAAAGCCAUCAGUGACUUCAAGGAGGCCGUAGGCUCCACUGGGCAGCCCCUUUUCAUGGACUUGAAACCACUCAAGGACCUGAGUGACAAGUUCGACGCUGUUGAAGAAAAUACCGAAGCUCUCGAACUUUUGGAAGAACUGGAUCAGAUGUACGAUGACAUAAAACUUACCAAAGUCAGCAUGAUGCGAUGGAUCACGGAAACCGGGAAAGAUUUUUCGGAUGAAGAAGAAGAAAAGAUCAACUCUUUAUUAAGCAAAAUCAACAACUGCCUCCGAGCGUUCAUCAAAGUCGGUCAAGAAGCCAGUUUGUUCAAGAAAAUGGACCGUUCCAUCAUUGAAGCUGCUCAUGAUAAGUACGCAGAUGGACUCGUGGACGGAAUUGCCACUUACAACUUGGCUUACAGAAGACUCAAGGAAGAUCUGGAUUCCGUGUGCCAGAAAUCUUUCCUUCACAAAAUCAAGGGAUUACUGAGGGUGUACGAUUACGAAAUGAUCAAGAAAGGUCAAGUUGAUGGAGGAAUAGAGGAGUGCCGGAAGCUGUGCAUCGCUGAGAGCAGAUGUCGUUCUAUUGGCUACGCCGACCAUUUGUCCGAAUUGGACCUCGCUACUGGAAGAUACUUCAAGAGAGAAAAACAGUGCUGGAUUUAUUUCAGAAGCACAAGUACGGCUGUAGUCAAUACGCCUAGUGGAUGGUCUGGAGACAUGGGUGUCUAUGACAGAAACUGCUAUUAGGACUGAAUUUGGACGAAAUAAUCGGAGAAAACAAUAAAGCAUUUCCUGAUCAAUCUUUGUGUACUUUAUAAUAUUUAA